CCCGCCCAUCGCCCCUCCCGGGGCCGCCGGGGACCGCGGGGCUCCUCUCUGAUUGGCCCCUCGCUCGUCCCGCCUCCGCAGGCGGACCUCCCCUUCUCAUUGGUCGUCGGUGAGUCUGUGGCGAGACCUGAUCCAAUGGGCGCCGGAGUUUGCAGAAACGUGACCCGGAAGUUGGGCCCAAGCAGGGGCCGUUGGCUUGUGGACGGCUAACUGGCGCCCAGGCACUUCCGGCCUGAGGGCCGAGCCGUCUUUCGUGUGUCCCGGUGCUGGCUGAGGAGCGGGUCGCUCGGGUCUUGCCGCGGGAGCGUCCUGGCGAAGGUGGGCCUGGGCGGCUGGGCGGCGGCACCCGAAGCUUGUUGAGGUGGAGGCGCUGGAGCCAGCUGCGCCCGGCGAGAGCUGGGAUCUUCCGCCGGGACCUGGAGCCCCGGGCCCAGCAGCUCCGGCCGGCGCCGCGCACCCUUGCUUGGCGCCGGGAUACCUCUCAGAGCGGCCGCAUCCGGUUUUAAGGGGCCAGGCGCUCUGGGGUCCUGACAAUGGCGUCGGGCCCGAGCUCCCAGGAGCGAGAAGGGCUCCUGAUAGUGAAACUGGAGGAGGACUGCGCCUGGAGCCAGGAGCUGCCCCCGCCUGACCCCGGGCCCAGUCCGGAGGCCUCCCAUCUGCGUUUCAGACGGUUCCGUUUCCAGGAGGCCGCUGGGCCCCGGGAAGCCCUGAGCCGGCUCCAGGAGCUCUGCCACGGCUGGCUGCGGCCCGAGCUGCGCACCAAGGAGCAGAUCCUGGAGCUGCUGGUGCUGGAGCAGUUCCUGACCAUCCUGCCCCAGGAGAUCCAGAGCAGGGUGCAGGAGUUGCAUCCCGAGAGCGGCGAAGAAGCAGUGACCCUGGUGGAGGAUAUGCAGAGAGAGCUCGGGAGGUUGAGGCAGCAGGUCACAACCCGUGGGCGGGGAACAGAAGUGCUUUUGGAGGAGCCUCUGCCUCUGGAAACAGCCCGAGAGUCACCGAGCUUCAAGCUGGAGCCCAUGGAGACUGAGCGAGGCCCUGGCCCCAGGCUGCAGGAGCUGCUAGGCCCCAGCCCCCAAAGGGACCCCCAGGCUGUAAAGGAGAGGGCAGUAUCUGCUCCCUGGCUUUCUCUCUUUCCUCAUGAAGGGACCGCGGAAGACAAGGCGCUGACUGGGCCCCAGUUGCCCGAGAGCUUGGAGAAUGUGGCCGUGUACAUCUCCCAGGAGGAGUGGGGGCGUCAGUGUCCACGCAGCAGAGCCCUCGCCAGUGACAUGGCGCCGGAGAGCAGUGAGGCUGUGGGCUCGCUGGACCCUCACAUUCCCCGCCAGGAGGCCUUAGACGCCCGCGUGGAAGAAGGAGGAAAGGUACGGGACUCCAGUCUCCGGAGCUGCAAGGAGGGCCUGAGCCCCAGCAGCCCAGCUCCAGGGGAAGAGAAAUUUGAGGACCCAGAAGAAAGUGCUCAGUUUAGUUCCCCUGUGAAUUCACACUCUGAGGCACCGCCGUCUGGCCAGGCCAGAGGGGAGGUGCCCUGGAGUCCGGAGCCAGGAAGACCUCGGGACAGGGCAGAAUGGCACUGGGAGCCUCCCUCAGAGGACAGAACAGAACAGACCCUGACAGGAGCCACAAGUUACAGAGAACUGGGGCGACCAAAGGAAGUGCCAAAGAAACUCCAUUUAUGUCCCUUGUGUGGCAAAAAUUUCUCCAACAACUCAAACCUAAUUAGGCACCAGAGAAUACAUGCGGCAGAGAGACUGUGUGUGGGUGUGGAGUGCAGUGACCUCUUUGGUGGGAACCCUCACUUCCUGUCACUACAUAGAGCGCACCUCGGAGAGGAGGCCCACAAGUGCCUCGAAUGCGGAAAGUGCUUCAGUCAGAAUACUCACUUGACGCGCCACCAGCGCACGCACACGGGCGAGAAGCCCUAUCAGUGUAACAUUUGUGGAAAAAGCUUCUCUUGCAACUCCAACCUCCACAGGCACCAAAGAACGCACACAGGGGAGAAGCCGUACAAGUGCCCGGAGUGUGGGGAGAUCUUCGCUCACAGCUCCAACCUCCUGCGGCACCAGAGGAUUCACACAGGAGAGAGGCCUUACAAGUGUCCUGAGUGUGGGAAAAGUUUCUCGAGGAGUUCACACCUUGUUAUUCAUGAAAGAACUCAUGAGAAAGAGAGACUGUACCCCUUCUCUGAGUGUGGGGAAGCCGUGAGUGACAGCGCCCCCUUCCUCCCAAACCACGGAACCCACAAGGCAGAGAAGAAACUCUUUGAAUGUUUAACCUGUGGGAAAAGUUUCCGGCAAGGGAUGCAUCUCACAAGACAUCAGAGAACGCACACGGGAGAGAAACCAUACAAAUGUACCCUUUGUGGGGAAAACUUCUCUCACAGAUCUAACCUAAUAAGGCACCAGAGAAUUCACACGGGAGAAAAACCCUACACCUGUCAUGAGUGUGGAGACAGUUUCUCUCACAGCUCCAAUCGGAUUCGUCACCUGAGAACCCAUACAGGAGAGAGACCGUAUAAAUGUUCUGAAUGUGGAGAAAGCUUCUCCCGGAGUUCACGCCUCAUGAGUCAUCAGAGAACUCACACCGGUUAGAAACAAGGAGGUUUCUCUCUGCCCCGGAUAGGUGGCACACUCAGAGGGUCCUUCUUGUCCAAAAUUGGCAUUCCUUGCCCAGCUGCCCAAAAAAUGCACCUGUGCAUUUUUCAGGUAAUUGCUACAAAAGGGAAAUGGGGCUUGUUUUGAGGGAGGUGCAGGUGUUGAAAAGGGUUAGCAUAAAACUGAAAAGGAGCUGUGUCUGUGGAGGGAAGGCUGAAAGGUUUUGAGGAGACCUGCUCCAAGCAGGGUCCCAGUUAAGUCUGUCCUGUCCCAAGGAGCACUCACUUUCUUGGUGUACUUAGCCAAGAUGUGGUUUGGGUAUCUCCCACCUGUGUCUGGUGUUUAUCCCAACAGCUUUGGGGAUCCAUCUUUCGGUUACUACUUCCUGAUUUGGGACAUUCAGUAGGAGCACUUGGGCCCCUGUGGGCUUUGAGACCAGAGAAGUGGGGCCAAGUCUCCCGAGGAACCAGCUGGAAGUCAACUGAAGACUGGUUGUGACUUACAGCAUCUCCAGAGGCCCCGGGCUGGGAGGCCGUGGGCUGUGUGGGUCAGCCACCACAGUCUGAAAGGGCACGUGGGCAGACCACACGUGCAGCAGUUACCUCAGACAAGAAGGAAGCAGAGGCCUAAGGGGAAAAGUAAGCUGGAACUUCUUGUUCCAGAAGUUGGCAGUGGAAAUGUGUGUCUGAUUAUUCUACCCUUCGCAGAGAUUGAGACUUUUCCCCACAUCUGUCAGAAAAAGAUAAGCAGAGGCUUGUUCCUGGGCAGAGUGUUCCGUGAGAGGUGAAUUCAAAGGAGACUGAAAAUAUGCAUCCUAGGGAAAUUAGUGAUUGUGUCCUCCUUUGUUGAAAAUAUGUUUGGAUGGUAAAUAAAUAUCUCCAGGAAACUUG